CUCGCUCAUCUUUUAUAAUUUUUUUUUCUUUUAAGGUGAAGAACUGAAGAUGGAAGUAGUUGACCUGUAGAAUACUGGUUUGUUGUUCCAAAAAAAUGUUGGACGAUUGGAGAAGUUGGAAAGCAGCCCAUAGCAACUUCGCCUGCGCUUCCUCCUGCCGAGAGUGUCCGCUGGUUGUUUGGUCGCAUUGCAUCCGCACCAGCUCCGGCUGCGCUUCCUCCUGCCGGCGUGGCCGGAGACCGGAGCUACUGCGUGCUCGCCGCUGCAGCGCCACCAACAAUCCCCCCUCCGCCUAUCUCGUCGUGCAGGGAAAAUACCUGCCAAUUCGUUUGGUCAGCGUUCGGUUGAUCGAUCAUGGCGGAUGGAGAGAGCAUCGGCCAGGGCCGAAAGCGGCGGCGGCGCAAGAUGCCGCCCCGGUCCGCCGUGUGGGAGCAUUUCACCCGCUUCACGGACGACGACGGCAAGGACAGGGCGCGGUGCAAGCGCUGCCUCGCGGCGCUCGGCGCAGGCACCCGGAACGGCACCAGCACCCUGUGGGGGCACGUCAAGAUUUGCUGCAGGGAAGGCGGCGGGGGGCGCCCAGAAUCGCAUCCACCAGCACCGCCGCCGCCGCCCCGUGCUCCGUCGCGCUCUGCCGGAUCAUCGAACUACGACUACUUCAGGAGCUUCCUCGAAGAAGAAGGGGGAGAAGAAAGAGGAGAAGAAGAAGAAGAAGCCAGCUGGGAUCUGGCCCGGAUGAUCGCGUUACAUGGGUACGACCCGUCGGUGGUGGAGGACGACUACUUCAGGAGCUUCCUGCGCCGCGUCAACCCCGGGUUCAAGCUGCCCUCGCGCCACGCCGUCGAGGAGAUGUGCGACGGCGUCUUCGACGAGGCAAGGAAGGAUCUCUUCUCCAGGCUACGGCGCGCCUCCGGGCGGGUCAGCUUAGCCGUCGGCCAGGCCGAAGCCGUCGAGGGCGUGGUCGUGUACACGGCUUGCCACUUCAUCGACGACGACUGGAACCUCCACAGGGUGGUCAUGGAUGCUUACGACAAUGUGCCCUGGCCUCUCUACCAUGGCCCGCUCUCUGGAGUUCCCGAGGUCGCGCUGGGCUGCCGUGACCUCUCCACGGUGGCCAUCGACCGCGCCAUGGAUGUCCUUGCAUCAGGGCGUGAACGUGAUGUUCUUGACAGGGUGUUCAUGGUGGCACGGCGCAAAUGGGACAAGUGCCUCCACAUCGAACCCAAGGAUCACAUCGAGCAAGAGUACCCUACCGCCCAUCCAAGGAGGAGGGAGAUGAUCGUCCGCGACACCUACAUGGACAUUGAGCUCCACCUGAUUGGUCGAAGCCUUGUCGCGCACCCGGAUUUGGUCAGAGACACCAUCAUCGAACAUCGCAUAGAGUCAGCCGUGCAGGACCUGCAUCUGACUAGACAGAGGCGCCAGCACCUGCUCUCGCAUCUUGGCCUACCUGAUCUUCGGGCAUACAACGAGCACGGGUAUUCAUGCUACUGUUCCUUGCAAGUUCUUCGCAAUCAAGAAGGUUCUUCUUGUUCGAUUCCAGGCAUAGAGCCGGAGCUCAUACGAAUGCUGUGCAGCGUAUGGGGGGCGCUGUACCGUGCCGUUGGAAGAGUUUCUGCGUGCGACACCCCCACCUCAAAUGUUUGUCUUGUGGAGCUGUUCAGUGUGAGGGAAGUGUUGCGGUUUGAGAUAGCACGGGCAGGUGGAGACAGCGCGCGUGUUCUUCAAGAUGCGAUCGACAGUUUGGACAAGAGGAUACAUGAUUCAUACCUGGUAUGGUCUGUACCACUUGUGCUGGAUCCCCGGUACAAGCUCGCGUACAUCGAGUUCAGCUUCAGAAGAGCAUUCGGUUCCAAGGCAGCUGCCUACUACAUCUCCGAGGCGGCGACGAAGAUCAGGAAACUGUACACUGAAUACUCUGAACAUGAUGGAUCAACAACCGAUGGUGCGGAUUCAGAUGGUGCCGCAGCGAGGGCCGUUGGCAGCGCUGAUCUGCUAGAACAAGCGUGGGACGAGCAUUGCCGGGCACGGGGUGAGGGUGGCAUGAUGCCUCCGGUCGCCAGCAGUUACCCAGAAGCCGAGACGGAACUUGAUCGUUACCUGAAAGAUCGCCUUGCCCCUCGAACAGAAGGCUUUGACAUUCUGAACUGGUGGAAAGCUCACAGCUCCGAGUACCCGACGGUGGCUCGGAUGGCGAGGGACGCUUUGGCCAUGCCCACAUGCAGCCAGCUUUCUUCCGAGCAGCUCGCCCAUGUCAGGAGCAUCCUUCGAGGCUAUUCCAAGGAGGAGUACAAACAUCAGGUAGGUCUAACGCAAUGAGCAGCACCUCACAUAAGGGGCAGCGUGUACACACUACACACUUGACGACUAGGAAUCAUCACUACCGUGCGUCUGUGUCUGGGGCUAUUUAUGCUAUAUAUCAAAUGUGUUGUUAUUUGAAAUGCUGAUCAACAAUUAAAUUCUGCCAAAUUCUGAUUUGGUUUUGUUUUC